UCACCACUAACACACUUCGUUUCGUCUUAGCACGCGCUACUGGCAGAUCUUCAGCCUCAUCGUUGCAGCAACGGGGCGCUCUAGGAUGCACCCUGCCAACCCAGCGGUGCCCUGCCGGCGGUGAGGCGCCAACGCAUACCAACCUCGCCAAUUACCUGAGUCGUUACCUCCGUUGCGCUCCACCAGCCACUUGGGGUCCCAACCACGAGCAAGCAACCACACUUCUCACCGAGCUUGUCAUGCUUCUUUCUGCAUCUGUACCGUACCGUUGUACUUGAAAUAUUCUCCGAUUUGAAAUCACUGGCAACAAUGCAUCUUCCACACCUGCUCGCCCUCCCGCCUGCUAUCAUCGCUCUUUGCGCAGCAACGCCAGGACUCGCCGCAGAGGAAUCGCAAUGGCCGCACAACGUACCCCGACACCUGAAAUACUUCCCCGAAGACGAAGUCCACGCAAAGCGUGGGCUGAGCGUCAAGCAAAGACUGCAACAUGAGAAACCCAUUGGAGUGAAGAAGAUGAGCAUGGACGAAGGCGAGAUGUUCAUGCUGGACAACUGGAUAUUCGCUGCCCAGGACACGCCGUCUCAACCACAAUCCUCGAGGAGAUCAGACUACGACGUCUUUGGCAAUGCAACCUCUCAGGCUCUCUCGCCUCUGCGCCCUCUAGCGCAGUCUGACUGGCUGGCGCGUAUGCACAUCAGAGAUAUACUGAUGAACCGCCAAUUCAAGUGCCCAGAUGGAACGGCGAGUUGCGAGAGUAUAGGCGCACCGGAUGUGUGCUGUGGCACGGGAAGCACUUGUAUCAGUGUGACCGGGAGCUCGGUUGCAGGCGAUGUGGGAUGUUGUCCUAGUGGCCAGAAUUGCGCAGGCAGUGUGAGUUGCGACGAGGCGAGCGGGUAUACGAGUUGUCCUGGGACGGACAACGGCGGGUGCUGUUUGCCGGGGUUCAAGUGUCAGGGUAUUGGAUGCGUUGCGGAAGGUACAUCGACGUCCUUUGUCCAGCCCUCUACCUCUUCAUCCACCCCGUCUGCCACUUCUACUUCGACGACUGCCGCCGCCAUUCCAACCACAUCAUCUACAACCAGCACGACCCCCGAACCAGCAUCCACCUCAACCUCGCGCUCCGCAUACACUUGCUCAACAGGCUGGUUCUCAUGCCCCGCCUCCCUCGGCGGCGGCUGCUGCAUGAACGGUCGUACCUGCGCAACCGGCGCCUCUUGCCUCGGCGACGACGACAACCCCUCUUCCACACGCGCUCCAGACGCCCCUGUCCGUCCUACCAGCGCCGCCGUGACAACCGGCGCCUCCAGUGACAACAUCUGCCCCACGGGUUUCUACGUUUGCAGCGCAUACUACCCGUCCGGCUGCUGUCGUGUGGGCAGGGAUUGCCAGACCACGGGCUCCUGCGCUUUACCUCCGUCCGAUACUAUUGUAAACACCAACGGUGUGGUCAUUGUGGCGCCGACGGGUGCUGAGAGCGCGGGAAGCUGUCCUAGUGCGUGGUAUAGCUGUCCGGCGGAUGCUGGUGGUAAUUGUUGUCCCAACGGGUACGCGUGUGGUGAGCAGUGUACAGCGACUGCGAGUGGCCAGAGUGGCGUAACGAGUAAAGCGGAGCCCAGCAGCAGCAGUAGUAGUCAGGCGAGUUUUGUUUCGAGAUUAAGUGUCUGGGGAAUGGCCGUGGCGUUCUUCGGCUGUGGACUUGGUAUGAUUGUGCUGUGAUGCGAUGAUGAAUUUCGAUAGGGUAUGCUUAUGACGUUAUGAGGAUGUAUGUAUAUAGAGAUGAUUUAUGUAGAGCCCGAUGUAUAUACGAACGAGUUACACUACCAAAAUGACUUG